ACUUAGUGCAAGGUAUAAUUUCACUUGUAUUUGGUUCUCUUUCUUCUCCAGAGUAAGAAAAUACACAUUUGGUCAUUUUUCCUGGUUUACUUCUUGAGAAGUAGGAGAGAUCAUCUUGAAUUCCAUACAACGAGAGAAGCAGUGAAAUGGAGGCAGGGUCCACUGUGAGUGCUGUGAGGAGCUCAAAGGUUUUGAUCGGGGAUGAGGUUCGACCUGCACUCAUCACCAUAAAGGAUGGGAAGAUUCAUAAUAUCCUGCCUGAUCCAGGCGCUUCUGCACGCGAAGGUAGAGAGGUGCUGGAUGUGGGUGACAGUGUGGUGAUGCCAGGCUUAGUGGACUGUCAUGUUCAUGUUAAUGAACCGGGCCGUACCAUUUGGGAAGGCUACUGGACUGCAACACAAGCAGCAGCAGCAGGAGGGGUGACUACUAUUGUAGACAUGCCCCUCAACAGCAUACCACCAACCACAAGCCUUAUGAACUUCCAUGAAAAGCUGCAAGCUGCUACUGGACAGUGUUUUGUGGACACAGCAUUCUGGGGUGGCGUUGUCCCUGGAAACCAGCUAGAGCUGAGGCCCAUGGUGCAGGCCGGAGUGGCUGGAUUUAAAUGCUUUCUCAUCCACAGUGGAGUUGACGAGUUUCCUCACGUAAGCGAGAAGGACUUGCAUGCUGCAAUGAAGCAACUCCAGGGCACAAACAGUGUUUUACUGUUUCAUGCAGAACAGGAGGUCCAUCCACCUCCAGCAGGGAAUGGGGAUCCAUGUGAAUACUCAACGUUUCUGAGAUCCAGACCAGAUGUCAUGGAGCUGGAGGCCAUUCGGACUGUAACGCAACUCUGCCUUCAAUACCAAGUGCGAUGCCACAUUGUUCACCUGUCAUCAGCCGAGUCUCUGGGACUGAUCCGAGCAGUUCGACAGGCUGGAGCGCCAUUAACAGUGGAGACAACUCACCACUAUCUCACCCUGAACUCAGAGAACAUCCCAUCAGGAGCCACGCAGUUUAAGUGCUGUCCUCCCAUUCGGGACAGAGCCAACCAGGAGCAACUGUGGUCUGCACUAAGAGCUGGUGAUAUAGACAUGGUCGUAUCUGAUCACUCGCCCUGCACCCCUGACCUGAAGCGCUUGGACAGUGGGGAUUUCACCCAGGCAUGGGGUGGCAUUUCUUCUCUGCAGUUUGGUCUGCCUCUGUUUUGGACCUCAGCUCAUAAGAGAGGUUUUGCUUUUCCUGAUGUAGUAAAACUCCUGUGCAAAGAACCUGCACGUCUCUGUCGCCUUGACAACCAAAAAGGCAGUCUCAUGCCAGGUCACGAUGCAGAUUUAGUCAUCUGGGAUCCAGAGAAAGAGUUUACAGUAAAAGAGGAAAACAUACAUCACAAAAAUAAACUGACCCCAUAUCUGGACUUGACAUUAUGUGGAGAAGUGAAGGGUACAAUCGUUCGGGGAAAACUUGUCUACUUCAAUGGAUCCUUUAGUCCUCAGCCAUUAGGACAGAGUUUACUCAUAAAUCAGACUCUAAACCUGGCUUCCCUUAUGACAUCACUCUCUGUGCCACCACCACAAUGUCUCUUACAACCUUUUGUGGUCCCACACCGGCUUCUGCUGGGACCGGGACCCUCCAACGUGCCCGCUCGGAUUGUUACAGCUGCGUGCCAGCCGAUGUUAGGACAUCUGCACCCUGAAACUGUAGAGAUUAUGGAUCAGAUAAAGAGUGGGAUCCAGUAUGCGUUUCAGACUCAGAAUCGCAUGACUCUGGCAGUGAGUGGGCCGGGUCACGCUGCUAUGGAGUGUGCUAUCUUUAACUCAGUGGAGCCUGGAGAAAGCGUACUCAUUGCAGUCAACGGCAUCUGGGGGGAGAGAGCUGCUGAAAUCGCACAGAGAAUAGGUGCCAAAGUGAACACGAUAGUAACCUCAGCUGGCAGAUUCUUCACAAAUAGUGAAAUAGAGCAGGCAUUAGCCAAAUAUAAGCCAGUUCUGUUCUUCCUCACACAUGGAGAGUCUUCUACAGGAGUGCUCCACCCCAUAGAUGGCAUUGGCAAGCUCUGUCACAAGUAUGCUUGUUUGUUCUUGGUUGACUCUGUUGCAGCACUUGGAGGUAGUCCAAUCUAUAUGGACAAGCAAGAUAUCGACAUUUUGUACACUGGCUCUCAGAAGGUCCUAAAUGCACCUCCAGGAACUGCACCAAUCUCCUUCAGUGAGAGAGCAUGCCAUAAAAUCUUCAACAGGAAGACAAAGCCUGUGUCUUAUUUUCUGGACCUGAACUGGCUGGCCAGUUACUGGGGCUGUGAUGGGAAACCUACUCGCAUUUAUCAUCACACUGGACCUGUAACUGCAUUAUACAGUCUGAGAGAAGGUCUUGCCAUCCUUGCAGAGAAGGGGCUUGAAAAAUCAUGGAAACAACACAAAGACGUGGCCGAGUACCUCCAUACAGGCCUAGAGAAGAUGGGUCUCAAGCUAUUUGUGGAGGAGAAGAAAGCAAGAUUACCAACGGUUACUACAGUAGUAGCACCACCAGGUUAUGACUGGAAAGAAAUAACAGGCUUUAUUAUGAAGAAUUACAGCAUAGAAAUCUCUGGAGGUCUUGGGCCAUCAGUUGGAAUGGUACUGCGUGUGGGUCUGAUGGGCUGUAACAGCAACAAGGACCAUGUGGAUAUGAUUUUAGAGGCUCUUUCUGAUGCACUGAAACACUGCCACAAGAGUAAAGUGUAACAACACAGUUUGCAUGGCAAACACAGUUGCUGCUGUAAAAUUUACAUAUAAACUGUGAUGUCUGAAAAGUACUCUUAAUUUGAAAUCACUAAUAAAGAAACAAAAAGUGGUCUUACCUUUAUAACAGUGUCAAGAAUAUGAAUACAAAUUUGGAGUUGUAGCUCCAUUUUAUAAAUCUUCAAUAAUACUUACUUUUUAUACUGUAUAAUUAUUUUUAAAAUUGUUAUAGAAUAGAAUAGAAUUAUAGAAUUGUAUUGGUGUCAGAAUAUGUAUU